AUCCUGGGGAAGCUGACAGUGAAGGAGAUCAGCAUCGAGAGGAUCAGCGUGGAUUGUCCCGGUCCCAGCGAGGCCCCGCUCAGCGAGGCCGACCUGGGCCACGUCACCGAGAUCUACGACUUCCCCCCGACCCUAAAAACCGAGGAUCUGAUGGAAAUGUUCCUGGAUUUCCACGAGAGCGGCUUCAAACUCCAGUGGGUGGACGGGACGCACGCGCUGGGGAUCUUCUCCAGCCUCUCCACCGGUAUUUGGGAACUGCUGCAGCUGGGCAAGGAGCGGCCGCAGACGGACGCGGCGGUGGCGCGGCGCCUCGUGUCACACGCCCUGGGCUGGCGGCAGCGCCCGCACGAUCCCCCGUUCCUGCCGGAACCUUCGGAUCAGGACCAAUAA